AUGGAUGAUAGAUUCGCGGACGUGGCGAGAGAUCCGGACGUUCGGCGAGCUAUCGAUUUGAUCUACACCCUUCCCGUGUCUCCCCCAGAGCAUCGAAUGCUGGUCAGCUUCAUUCGGGAAUCUGUCGAUGCAAAAAGCACGGCUUUGUAUGUUCUUGCUCGAGCGUAUUCGAAUGGUGAGGGGGUUGAGAAUGUGGAAGCAGAGCUGAGAAAGCUUUUUGAGGGAUGGAGGGAACUGGUGAGGCGUUUUGGUUCAUAUACUGGAUCAGAGCAGUUUAUUUCGCCAAAGUUGAUUGCGAGAGAUAAUCGUCGAUGUUGUGCGACUGGCACUUCGAGUGUCUGGUGGGAUAUGUUUGGUUGGAGUCGAAUUGUUGCCGUUCAGAUUGUACCUGAUGCUGUUUUGAAUUGUAUUCGCGAUGAGGAAUCUGGAUCGAUCGGGGAGUUGCUUUCCGUCUUUUUGACUGCAGCUGGAAUAGAGCAGUUGACUGCUGAGCUCCAUGGUGAGCAUUUCGAGCUACGGAAUACGUGGACUCUACGACAAGAUGUUGCUACAGCUUUCAAGAAUGGUCAAUUAUUUUUCCAACCUGGAUGGAAUGUUAAGAGACGUCCGGAGGAGGACUUGAAGCCUACGUGCCAGUACUCAGCGCAGAUGAUCCCACCUGAGCCAUUCCCUCGAUUCCCAAGAGCCCAAGGAGGGGUGCUACGUCAAAGUACAUAUUUCAAGCUGUCUACUUUUGAUGCUGAUGCUCUACCACUUCCAAGCAGUUUCCUCUGUGGUAUUCACGCCCGAUUCAGCGUGUCUCUACGAUCAAUACAGGUUCAUCAAGAAAUGUCAGCCAAACCACAUGUGAGGCACUCAUUGCAAGCAGCCCGAAGAUGUCUUCUUAUGCCCCUGGCUCCGCUCAAACCUAUCCUUCAGACACUGUGGUGCUGUGUUCCCGAAAUCGCAAGGAUAUCUGUAUACAAAAUUCUUCUCAAUAUUGGGCUCAGACUGUACGGACCACAACUAGCAUGGGUGCAGCGAGUUCCAUUUGGAAUAUACAUCAAGCACGGCCGCGGCAAUCUCGUCCCUAAAGGAGAGGCCUCAGCGUUACUCUUGGUAGAAAAAUAUACGAAAGUGAAAGCCCCGAAGCUGAUCGACUCGAUAACGCGCGACAAUUACACAUACUUAGUCAUGACACGAGUUCCGGGCGUUCCACUUUCACAGAAGAUCCCGGUCAUGUCAUAUCCGGAGCGGAAACAACUCGCAAUUGACCUCCGCGCUUACCUGCAGGAGUUUCAAAAUAUCCCAAACACCAACAAAUCGCUGAUUUGCGACGCCGAUGGAGGCGCAGUAUUUGAUUAUCGAAUCCCAGGACGAUCUGCAGGCCCAUUUCAAUCCGAAGAAGAGUUCAACAAUUGCCUGAUCACGCAAGAGCGCCUUCGUAGCCCUGUACAUUCAAGAAAGCACCGUAUAGUUUUUACACAUGCAGAUCUGGAUCUGACCAACGUGCUCGUAGAUGCAGGGAGAUUAUCUGGGCUGGUAGAUUUUGGCUGUGCAGGAUUUUAUCCUGAAUAUUGGGAGUUCACGAAGGGCAAGUUCAUCGAAUUUGGGCCAGACCCUGCCUGGACAAACCUAUUGGCCGCGGUGUUCGGUGACGAGUACCUUGAGGAGUUCGAGGCUGAAGAGAAGCUGUGGGCUGUCAAUUCGACCAUGUAG